AUGGUAAAAUUUGAUGAAUCUCUAGAUGUUGAUUCUAAUGAAGUUAGUUCAACUGAUAGUCAUACAUCUGAUGAUGAGAAUUCCAGCUAUUCGGCAUCCAGUGGGCAUGAUAGGUCAGAUGAUGGCGAUGAUCAUGGUGAAAGAGCGGUACGUAUUAAUUCUAUGACUGCUGAUGAAAUUCGUGGUAUGGAUUUUGGUAGUGUUGACGAAGCUUAUGAAUUUUAUUAUCAAUACGGUAAAUGUAAAGGUUUUUCCGUUAGGAAAAGUGAUGAUAAGAAAAAAAUAGGGCCUGAUGGUAGUAAAAUAAUAACAAACAAGCUUUUUGUAUGCAGUAGACAAGGUUUACGAGAUAAGAGACACAUAUCUAGGUUAGAUAGGAAAAGAGAGCACCGACGUUUGACACGUACGAAAUGCACGGCUAGGUUUCGUGUGACAUACAAAGCCGAUAAGGGUAGAUUUGUAGUGUCUGUGUUUGAAGAGACUCAUAACCAUGAAUUAACAUCAGCUAGGUUUGUGCACUUACACCCGGUUUAUCGUAAGAUUAGCGAAGCAGAUAGAGCUCAGGUUGAUGGUAUGCAGUCACGUGGAAUUAGAACUUGUCAUAUUAUGGGGUACAUGGUUGCUCAGAAGGGUGGAUAUGGUGGUGUUGGGUUUACGAAGAAAGAUCUUUAUAAUUAUUUUGAUAAAAAAAUGCGUGAUAUUGUUAAAGAUGGUGAUGUUGCCGCAUCGCUACAUUAUCUUAAUGCAAAGUCAGCUACUGAUCCCAUGCUCUAUGCUGAAUAUGCUGCUGACACUAGCAAUGGACGGAUGAAGUCUCUUUUUUGGGCUGAUGGGACUAGUAGAUCUGACUACUUCUGUUUUGGAGAUGUGGUUGCAUUUGACACAACAUACAAGAGGAACAAAUAA